AUGGAAGGCCGUAUACCAGCUAAAAUCCAAAGUUAUGGAAUAAAAUAUUGUCCACAUUAUGAACUACAACCUGACUUUGAUCCAAAUAUUACUCAAAGAAAAUUAGGAUUUGGUCCUGAAGUUGAUGGAAAUGUCCAGGCAGUGAGAGGAGAAGAUAUAGUUAAUUUCUCAGACAGAGCGAUCAUUUUAGGAGAAUCAUUGCUUGACCAUCGAAAGGAAGUCGAAACUGAUCUCAAUGAGAGAAACACAAACUGA